AGUGAGCCAGUAACAGCAAUACCCGGCUUAUCAUCAAAAGCAGAGCUAUUAAUCCCCUAAAGCAAAUACAAUCGAAGGCAGAGAGAUCAAUAAAAGGGUACAGAGACUGAUAUACAGGAGCACAAAGCGAUAAUGGCGGUUUCAGUGUCUGUCUUAGCCAUCAUCAUCUCUCUGCACCUCAUCGCUUUCGUGCUCGCCAUCGGCGCCGAACGGCGUCGUAGCAAGGCCGAGAUAAAGCCGGAUAAGUACGACGAAAGGACUUACUGUGUGUACAACUCGGACGCGUCGACGGUGUAUGGGUUGGCGGCGUUCGGGCUGUUGCUGAUAAGCCAAACGGUGGUUAACGGCGUCACCAGGUGUUUCUGCUUUGGGAAAGGGCUUGUAACUGGGAGGUCCACCACUUUGGCCAUCUUCUUCUUCAUCCUUUCCUGGAUUAGCUUUUUGGGAGCUGAGGCAUGCUUAUUGGCCGGGUCGGCGAGGAAUGCGUACCAUACCAAGUAUAGAGGAUUAUUUGGUGCAAAGGACUUGACAUGUGCCACACUCCGCAAAGGCGUUUUCGCCGCCGGAGCCGCUCUUACGUUGUUGUCAAUGCUGGGUUCAACCCUCUACUACUGGGCUCACUCUAGAGCUGAUACUGGCGGAUGGGAGAAGUAUCAGAAUGAGGGACUUGGCAUGACCAAUUCUAGUUUCCCAUCUAGUUUCCCACCGCAGCAGCAGCAGCAACAAAAAUAGUGAAUUUCAGAAGGUCCAAUUGUGUGAUGACUCUUAUGUUACAUCCACAGUUUUGGUGACUUUUUGUUGAGAAAGAAAAUGGAUAGAUAAAAAUUUACCUUAAUGAGGUAGAGACGUAGUAUAUAUGUAUGUUGUAUUAAAAGUUAGAACAAAGUGUUGUGUUUGUUAAUAGUUGAAUUGUGUUUUUGGAAC